UGCCACUCUCGAUUGCAGAAGAACGCUACUGUACAUACCGCUGUACAAAGGAAUACAAUAUAGCCUCACCCUUUACUGGCGCGAGGUUAUCACGUGACUUGGACAAAAUGUCUGCGGCCAUGGAGAGCACGCAAAAUGAAAAAGCUGAUAAACUUUGCAAAAUUGAAGCCACAGUAGUAUGUGGUUUUGAAAAUGUUGCAGCUGAUGAGGUGUUUGAAAAGUUUGGCGUCCGUUCCAGUGUUGAUCGGGGACACAUCACAUUCACUUUGCCCAUAAAAGACAUCCGAAAGGUCAAAUGCCUUCAUGCGGUUGAGAAUUUGUACGUCUUGAUGAACUCCUUUCAAUUCAAUUUCAGUGGAAAAGAGGGUUCAAAAGAAGAUGACAUAAAGUUGAUCUCCGACACAAUACCACACUUAGACUGGGAGACCGGUCUGGCCGUCUGGAAACAGUUUAUUCAUUUCAAAUAUGAUGUGUCGCCAAAACCAGUCCCAGAGGAGGAACUGGAUAGUCUGCAACCGGAAGAAUUGCCACCAUUUUCCUCAGAUUCUGAGGAUGAGGAAACCAUGGAGAUGUCGGACUCUGAUGUGCAGGGACAAUCAAGUGAAAUCAUACCUCGUUCUCAGUUCGAAAACCUUGACAUCACACUGGGAGAUGUCAAAUCUAAAAAGCAUUCAGAGCUCAUAGAGCAAACACUUAAUGACUCUGAAAAAUCUGACAGUUCAGAUUCCAAAGCAGACAUUGUGCGAGAAAGUGUUGAGGAUGCCAGCAAUUCAAAGGAGAAAAAGACGAAAGUGAAAAUACCUGUGUUACCGGGUUAUCGUGUGACAUGCAAUCGGACAGGAAACAAUCAUUCGUUUGCCUCUAUGGAAGUUGCUGCAAGUUUUGGGGCUCUUAUCAAUGAUUAUUUUCACUGGAAUGUGGAUUUAACGAAUUUUGAUAUCGAAAUACUUUUGAGAGUUGAAGAUGAUAAAGUAAGAGCUCUUCUCGCUUUGACAAAGAAGAGUUUAGGCAAGAGACAUAUUUCACAAUUUGGUCCGACGUCACUGAAAGCUACCAUUGCAUAUUGCAUGUUAAGGAUGUGUAACAUAAAGGAUGGAGAUGUUGUGUGUGAUCCCAUGUGUGGCGGGGGAAGUAUACCAAUAGAGGGGGCCGUUAGUUGGCCAAAUGCCCACCACAUCUGCGGUGACAUACACAAAUUAGCGUGGCCAAGAACACUUGGAAAUAUUGACUUCUUGAAUAAGAAAAGAUUACGAAACGGAAGGCUGCCAGUAAAAGUUGAUGUCUUCCAAUGGGAUACGACCAACCUUCCACUAAAGGAUGACUCUGUUGAUGUCAUGGCGAUUGACAUGCCUUUUGGAAAAAAGAGUGGUUCCAAAUUUGACAAUCGGCGAUUGUAUCCUGCCGUGCUGUCUGAACUAGCGAGAGUGACCAAGCGAUCAACUGGGCGGGCGUGUCUGUUGACAUUUGAUAAGAGGACCAUGACUAAGACACUUAGCUUGAUGCAGUCCGUCUGGCGUUGGGUAAAGACUGUUGGCAUUAACAUGGGGGGCCUCAACACAGGUGUCUUCCUGCUGACAAGGACUUCGAAGACCUUGGAAACCCCGCUGACCACUACUGACCGUACCGGUGGAAAAAAACAGAAGACAAAGAAUGCGGCUGUUACAGAUGGGAAAGAAACUGAAGUAUCGAAAAAAGAAUCGAAUCCGCAAUAGAAUGAUAUUAUGUGUUAUCGUGGAAAAACUUUGGGGUAGUUUGGGGUAUGCCCCUUCGUGCAUCAAACUCAGAAUCCAAUUGGGGAAUGCUGACCUGAGAUUGCUGCAAGGAAUAUGGUUAUACUAACUUGAACACAUCUUGAAUUUGGGACAGGUGACAUUUCAGCCAGCUGUGUCCCAGUAGAGGAUGUCACGUUAUAUCCACAUGAUGUGAUGUAAUUCAGUUUAAAGACAAGGAAUAAUAUCUUCACAACAACCCAGGAGACAAAUAGGUACACUUGUUUUUUAUAGCUACAGGUUUUAAACGAAGAAACACUUACAUGUACAUGUAAGACUAUCUCAAACAAUGUAUCAACUAUUGUAGGACUAUGGAAAAUGUUUUAAUGAAUAAAGAAUAAA